GAAUGAUUCGAAGUGAGGACAAAUCCCUUCUUAUGGUUUACGUAUAAAAGCUGUAACAUUUCAACUAACUUCAUCAGUCACUUGUUUGUCUUCCGUCAAGUUCAAACUGCAUAUACUUCUCCGGAAAAAAACAAAAAAUGGACUGCUCCAAGAUUGCCAUUGUCACAAUGCUGCUUUGUUUCUACGUUCAACUUUCUGAACUUUACCGUAUUGCUGGAUCUCAAGCAAAUGAAAUUAACACACGAGAAGAUCACACUAUUGAAGAUGCAUUCAUGGUUGCGAAUGGGGUUACUCAAGAUGAAAUAGAAGAAUUCCAUCGUACAAAUGGUUUUGCUGCUCCGUCGAUUGGGGAUGGAGUUGUCGAUCAAAGCCCAGAUGAUGUGCAACAAAGCCAAGUUCGGUCGUUUGGUCAUGCUGUAGAGGCAUUGAAAUUUUGGAACUGGUCUGCUUUUGACCGUUUCCGCCUUUGGAUUGAAGAACGAAGACGACGAACAACCACCAUCAAACCUAUUCCUGUCUAUAUUGUUAAUAAUCCCCAUGAAUCGAUUCCUUACAACGGCAUCUAUGCCUCCCGUCCACCUUAUUUCAAGUAGAUAAAGUGCACUCUAAGCUGAAACUGAAAAUCGCCCAAUGUAGACAUCGCUCAAUAAGUGGAAAAUGUUUGUAAUGUAAAUGACGUAAAUUGCUUAAAGGUUUUUUUUUUUUUUACGAUAAUGCACAUCAUAAAUGAUAUAAAUAAUUUUUGAAUAAAAGGCUGUACUGGAAAAUA